AAGGCAAGCAGCGUUCCAUAGUCCAUUUCACAGUUUCGCGGACAGGACAUGCUCUAGAGAGAGAAAGAGAGAGAAGCUUAAAAAAAAAAAAAAAACAAACGGAGAUGGGGGCGGAGAAUUGGAGCUUAACGGCGAAACUCUGCGACUCCUGCAAGAGGGCGUCGGCCACCGUCUUCUGCCGCGCCGACACGGCGUUCCUCUGCCUGAGCUGCGACUCCAAGAUCCACGCGGCCAACAAGCUCGCGUCGCGCCACGCGCGGGUCCUGGUCUGCGAGGUUUGCGAGCAGGCCCCGGCGAGCUUCACCUGCAAGGCGGACGCCGCCGCCCUCUGCGUCACCUGCGACCGCGACAUCCACUCCGCCAACCCGCUGGCCCGCCGCCACGAGCGCCUCCCGGUGGUGCCGUUCUACGACUCCGCCGUCGACGCCAAACACGGCUCCCCGUCCGUUUCCUCCGGCGAACAGUACUUCAGCAACGACUCCGACAACCACCCUGAGGCGGAGGAGGAGGCGGAGGCCGCUUCGUGGCUCCUCCCCACUCCGAAUAAUGCCAAAGGCGUCGAUUUGGAGGGUCCCGAGUACAAAACCGCCGACUACUUGUUCGGCGGCGACAUGGAUUCUUAUCUGGACAUGGAAAUGAUCCCCGGCGGAGGAGAUCAGAAGCCCCACCACCAAAACCCCCGGCAACACUACAAUUCCGACGGCGUCGUCCCGGUGCUGAACAAAACCGAGCCUACCCACGUUCCCGGCCCCGUCGUCGACGGAUUUCCCACCUAUGAAAUCGACUUCGCCGCCGGAUCUAAGCCGCCGUUCAUGUAUAACUUCGCCACUCAAACCAUCAGCCAUAGCGUAUCGUCGUCGUCGAUGGACGUGGGAGUUGUGCCGGACCAGAACGCGAUGGCGGACGUGUCCAACCCGGCGUUUGGCCGGAGCACCGGCACCGGCGAGGCCGUCCCCAACCCGUUGUCGGGACUGGACCGGGAGGCGAGGGUGUUAAGGUACCGGGAGAAGAGAAAGAACCGCAAGUUCGAGAAGACGAUCCGAUACGCCUCCAGAAAGGCGUACGCGGAGACCCGGCCGAGGAUCAAGGGGAGGUUCGCGAAGCGCGCCGACGCAGAUGUCGACUCCCUCCUCGCCGCCGACGCGUCGUACGGCGUCGUGCCGUCGUAUUAACUAUUAAGCUCGCCGCGGCGGCGAUGGAAUAAAAAUUUUGGGCAAAUUUUGAGCUCGAUCUGGGUGUCAUGUUGUCGUGUUGUUACUGCUGCUGUAUAUAUUUAUACUGUGUUUAAUUCAGUGUCUGACUCUGAUGCAUUUUCCACUUCUGGCUGACUAUGUAAUUCCAUGUUACAUUUUUCUGUCAAUGGUAAUAAUGUAAUGAGCUGUUGUUUGUUA